ACCCAGCUGGUUCUGAAAUUUAGGAAGUCAGGCAGGCUCCCAACGCAACGCCACAAUGUCGCGGACGAUUUUCACCGUGCGAUGUCAGACCCGAGAGACCCACAUCGUUUGGAUGUCCACAUGAGGCUUUCCUUCGCCUUCUUGUGCAAUGUGGUUGAAUGCCGCAUUCGUGUGCUUGAUCGACAUCGUCAUCGACGGCCUCUUGAAUGUAUUCUCCAAGCGAACGACUUUGAUCAAGAUGUUCCUAGCUCGAAUACCGCAAGAUCACAAGGGUAUAGUCCAGCUCCCUCUUGCCGCGAUCAGUUGCAGAAUCUAUACCACAGUGCCGAAAUCUGAACUCUUAGGAGGCGAAGCUCGAACAGGUAUCAUCUUCCUUGGCUUGGUGGACUUCAAGCCGACCGGCGAUACUGGACCCUUCAGCUUGAGUAUAUGCGCAUAUAUGCAUACAUUCUCUAUCCUUUUCGGGGCUUAUGGCAACUUCUGGUUCUCGUAUCAUGUCCUUCACUCACAAGACCUCCCGUCUGCUAGGUCACCGGGCAGCGAUUUCAUCAUUGUAGUGUGUCAUGUUGACCGAGAUACUUACUCGAUCGGACACGAAGCUCUACAUUGGUGAUAUCGACUCCACUUCAUUCGGCUCAUGGUCUCGGACGUCACUCAUGCCUUGUCGGCUUGAGGUUCUCUGUUCAGGAAUCAAGAAGCAGUGCUAUUCGAAGUUCUUCUAUAUAUGACGACGAAAAGUU